AUGGUCGCAUACACAUCGGGCUUACGUUUUAAAGUGCUACCUCAUUUGGGUAGACUCAAUAUAAAGAAUUUAAUGGCAUAUACUCCAAAUUUAAUGCUUUGGGGUGGUGCUUCAUUAGUAGGUGCAUUGGUCUUUGUUGAAGGUUGGCCAUUAUUUCAAAAUACUAUGUUUAGCAAGAUUCCAAUAUUAGGAGCUAACUGGCAAAAGGAAAUUCCUGCAGAGGAUAGACCAAAUUAA